UUACAGACCGUUUGGGUACCAAAUGAAUCGAGAAUUCAUUUUAUUUUAAAAUGAAUUACCAUGUAGAAUUCAUUGUCAAAAGAAUUCUUAUAUUUGGUAUGUUAUAUUAAAAUCUCUAGAAAUAAAAUGAAUUCAAUUCCCAAACCAUGUUUGGCAUACGUUGAAUUAAACUAAAAGUUUUCAACUACACCCUUAUUAAUUUCCUGCAUAAACAAUAUUCAUCGUAAUCCAUCUUCUAAAAAUGCUUUUGGUGCCAUAAGUAGAAUAUCAAAAGUGUUCUUAUGUGUUUCUAUUCUAUUCAUUAGUUCUUUUUGAAUAUUUCAUCGAUGAACCCUACACUCUAAUGGUGUCUUCUCUACGUACUGAUACAAUUGAAGCAGAAAUAUCAAAUAACCAACAUCUGCUACUGGCGUUGCAAUCAAAUUCUUGUCGACGAUCAUACUGUUGAGUUGACGCCAAAUAAUAAAUGUAAAAGUAAUUUAGUCAAUAAGUGAGGAUAAUUAUGUCAUUUUAUUAUAAUUAGUAAAUACUUGUGGAAUUCAUUUGAAAAUUCAAUCUCAAUUCCUAGGAAUUGCUAUAACUAGUUCCAAUUCAAUAAAAUUCAAAAUUUAAAAUAGGAAACGAAUUCUAUAAAUACCAAACACAAAAAGUUUUCAUUUCAAAUUGAAUUUCUCAAAAUUUAUGAAAUUCAUUUAUACCAAAUUAGUCCAUAUCAAAUCGAUGUGGUCCGACUCAAGUGCCUCCAACCAACUUGACCAAUCCUCUAUACAACCGACUCUUAUGAUGAGGUUAUUAUGGGUAUUCCAGCCCAUCCACAAGAGAAAUUGUAAAAACAAAAAGGAAAUAAAGUGAUCGGAGUCUUCUUCUCGCAGAGAUUGUUUUCUUUCUUCCAAAUUCAUUUACAUGAAAAACAAUAUAUGGAUCGUCGAUCUGCUUAAAAUUGGAGCGAAACAAUCCACUGGGAAUCAGAGAGAUUCUCGUUAAGGUUUUUCUGAUCCGUCCUUCCCGUGCUUCAAUCCCCACUCUCCCGACAUGGCUGCUCCCUUCUUCUCUACUCCGUUUCAGCCUUAUGUCUAUCAGAGUCAACAAGCUGCUAUGAUUCCUUUCCAGAUUUUGGGUGGCGAAGCACAGGUGGUUCAGAUCAUGUUGAAACCGCAAGAAUUUGUUAUUAUACGACCAGGUGCCAUGUGUUUCAUGUCCGGGUCCGUUGAAAUGGUGAACAUUUUUAUGCCUGAGAAUGAAGUAGGAAUGUGGCAUUGGCUUUUUGGCAAGACUAUUACCAGUGUAGUCAUUCGUAAUACUGGUUCAAGCGAUGGAUUUGUUGGAAUUGCUGCACCUUCACUGGCAAGAAUUCUCCCGAUUGAUUUGGCUAUGUUCGGUGGGGAAAUUUUGUGCCAGCCAGAUGCAUUCCUUUGCUCCAUCAAUGACGUUAAUGUGAAUGUUGCGGUUGAUCCAAGGGCGCGUAACGUGAUGGGUAGUGCAGAGGGAUUUCUGAGACAAAAACUAACUGGACAAGGUCUUGCAUUCAUUAUUGCUGGUGGAUCUGUUGUGCAGAAGAAGCUUGAUGUUGGAGAGGUACUAACUGUGGAUGUUUCCUGUAUUGCCGCGGUUAAUUCCACUGUCAGUGUUCAAAUAAAGUACAACGGUCCCCUUAGAAGGGCUGUCUUUGGCGGAGACAAUAUGGUAACAGCUACCCUAACGGGACCAGGGAUCGUGUUCAUCCAGAGUUUGCCCUUUCAACGUUUUUCCCAACGCAUUGCAAGGGCAGUGACAUCGCCGAACAUGAGAGAGAAUCCCAAGUUCUUUGUUCAGAUAGCUAUCUUCUUCAUCCUAGCGUAUGUUGUGAUUGUAUCCUCCUUGAUCUUGACUGAUGUAUGAUAUGGUAGUCUUGUGGCCUCUUUACAUUUUCUUUCUCUUUCCAGUUAACCAUUCCUCUUUGGGGAAAACACUGAACCACAUAGUUAGAGUGCAUCAAAUCAUUGUGCCAUUGCCAUUAUCGUUGCCAGUUUUAACAUAAAUGGAUAGAUUUAAUCAUCAUGGUUUUGUGUUCGAUUUCAUUCCGUCGAGUUGGUUCGUCGUAGUGCAGGUAAACUGGUGUAAAAUCUUAUAUAUUUAGAUUUUGAACUUGCUGAGUGAAGUGGAUUUGGUCGUUGCUGCGUGUGUAUAUUCCCUUAUCGUGAUUGCCUUUCCCCUGUUUCUGAAUCGACCAUAUUCAUUCCAGAUAGAACUUCAUUUGGGGGUUUAGGAAGAACACCAUACAAACGAAGCAGAUCAGGCCAACCAUCUUUGGCUACGAUUGAUUGUGCUUACCAAUACCACCUAAUAGAACCAGGACACGAUUGAUUGUGCUGUAACACUCGAUAAAAAGCUGAAUUACGA